GCAGAUCGGCGAUAACGUAUAGCAUAUGUCCUGUUGAACGAGAGCCGGCGUACACGACAGGAAAGCAAGAGUGAUGGGAAUCGACGGUAUGAGGGUCGGCGGAGGCAGAUGCCCGCCCCUCCUGGUCGGAGGACUCCUGCUGGCGUGCCUCAUGCUUGUCUGUAGCUGGUGGACCCUGUCCUCCGAGAAUCUGGAACUCAUCAGGCAAAUUGAUGAUCUGAACGAGCAACUCAAGAUAAGCGCUGAAGAAAGGGAUCAGUGUGUAACAUUACGUGGUAAUUUGGAGCAAAGGUUUAAGCAUACAGAAGAUGAGUUGGCUACCUUGCAUGUGCGCUUGGAGCAACAAAUAGAUUUUAAAAAGAAAAAUGAGGAGCUUGAGGAUGCCAAUACUGUGUGUAAAAGUGAGCUAGACUCGUUAAAUAAACUGGAUGCUACGAAAACUGCAACAUUAGAAACAUUGAGAUUAGAAAAGGACACAAUUAACACUCAAUUAGAUGUAAAGCGGGAUGAAAAUAAAAAACUUAACGAGGAAGUAGAUAGGCUGAAAGGAGAGAUAGAUCGACUCAAACUUAGUUGUAAUUCACCACCUGAGAGGAAAGAAAUUCCAAAUCUUCAACCACCAACGACAGUGGUCAUUAACAAGUCUCAGUUGCAUCCUGUCCCGGAGUCUGCUGUAAGAGUAUCUGUACCUGGUCUGCGAGGUUUCAAGUACCACGGAUUUCCGAUCCUACCAACAAAUCCACCUGGUGCUGUGCGCCAAACUCCUCGUUUCUCAGUGACUAUGUUGAAGAAAGGUAGUGAUACCUUUCUCCGUCCUCGAGUUGAAACGGAAUCGAAAGCCAAUGGCACAACCUCGAAUAAUGCCGAAGAGCAAGAUAUUGCAGUUGCCGAUUUGGAAGAUCCUGAAAAUCGUGCACGUGACAAUUAUGAAGACGAUGAUAAAAUCCAAGGUGCCACAAAGAAUUCUGGAGACAAAAUUAUAUCUCGUAAUAUAUAACUUGAAAAUAAAUAAUGCAGUCUUACAGAAUACGAACUACUUAUUGUUAGUUUAGUAUAGUUUACUUUAAAAUAUAUAAUUACAUAUAAGUGAUGUAUUGAUCGAUUGCAUGAAUUAUGAUUUUUUGACUAUACGUCGUGUAAAAUAUUGUGCUCAAUUGUAUCCUACACAUUCGUAUAUACUUAAUUGUUUAUGAUACAAAUAUUUUGUAUACGUUGCUAUUUUAAAAAUAUUUUAUGUUCUUUUUAUAUAGUUUUUUCUGCGGAUUUACAAAAGACUGUACGAAUGUGCCAAAUUAAAUUGAUAUACAUUUGAGGCCAUAUGUGAAAAUCUAUAUAAACGGAUACUGUGAUCAUUGACAGAUCUGAAAAUGAAUGCCACAAUAAUUAUUACAUUAGCAAUUUUUAGAUAUAAGACGUCUAUAAUAAUAAUUUUUUAAUAAAGCGUGUUUUGUACCACUUAAAGAAAUAGAGCUGUGCAAUAAAUUAUAAACAUUUUGCAUAAUAUAAAGAUGGCCAAAUUUUUAAUCAGAUAAAUGGCCUUAUCUAUUUUUUUUUGCCAAUUUUAUUACAAUCUUAUUAGAUAAAUAAUAAAUGAUGAAUUUUGAUAUUAAAAAAUGUUGCAAUUUCUAUUAAAAAUAACAAUAGUGAAAGUUUAUAACAAAUUUUUAAAAAUAAAAAUUAGACAUGAUAUUAAUUAAUUAUUUUAAAAUUUUUAUUUUUUUACAUUCCUUAUAUCUUAUUGUAAAAUUAUUUUACAUUCGUUAUGUGAAAUAUAUUAGUUUUAUAUACUUUUAUUAGUAUAUUCAAAAUAUACUCAGCUUACAUAAAAUUUCGUGAUUUUAUUGCGAAAUUCCUACGAUAUUUAUAUUUAAGCGAUAUUCAUUUGUAUGUAUACAUACGUUCAUUAUGUAGUACGUCCGUUAUGUAGUACAGCAUUGAGUUUAUUAUCGUUAAUAUUGUGUUAAAAAGUAUAUAUGUUAGCCUGUAAUUCUUUUUUUUCAAUAUUUUAUACAUCAUUAAAAUUUGUACGUAAAUGAAAUAA